CGCCUGUGGCGGUAGCGGAAGAGGCGCCCGCGCCGCGCCGCUGUCCGGAGGGGCCACCGCGCGCCUGCUUCCUGUUCGGCUGGUUCCAGCCAGCUCGAGGACAAAACACGCGUGCGCGCGGCGAAGCGCGCUCGCUGUCUCAGCCGCCGGCGCCGGGCGCAGUCCGCCUUUUUCUGGAGCGACCCGGCCACGGUGCUAAUCGAUAGCAGCAGCCGCCACCGCAGCAGUCCGCACUGGGGGACCGAGGGCUUUGGAAAAAGGCGGGGUUGAUGGCUCUGUACUAGGAGUGGGCUGGACCGGACGCCAGAGACAAAGGCUCUCAAGACAAGAGGGACUGUGGCCCUGCGACGGCACUGCUCGGGAUUUUUGACCCCAGGACUUUUCGCCCCUUCGUUUUUCUCUUCUGACGCUUCUCUCAUCUUAAGCCCGCGUCCCCUCACCCGCGACCUCGCUCCUCACCGGGAGGGCCGCGAUGGAGGUCCCGCCCCGGCUCUCCCAUGUGCCGCCGCCAUUGUUCCCCUCUGCUCCCGCUACUUUAGCCUCCCGCAGCCUUUCCCAUUGGCGGCCGCGGGCGCCUCGGCAGCUCGCCCCGCUCCUCCCUUCGCUCGCUCCCAGCUCCGCCCGGCAGGGGGCGCGCCGGGCCCAGCGCCACGUCACCGCCCAGCAGCCCUCCCGAUUGGCGGGAGGGGCGGCUAUAAAGGGAGGGCGCAGGCGGCGCCCGGAUCUCUUCCGCCGCCAUUUUAAAUCCAGCUCCAUACAACGCUCCGCCGCCGCUGCUGCCGCGACCCGGACUGCGCGCCAGCAUCCCCCGGCCGACAGCUCCGCCACCAUGGAGGACAUGAACGAGUACAGCAACAUAGAGGAAUUCGCAGAGGGAUCCAAGAUCAACGCGAGCAAGAAUCAGCAGGAUGACGGUAAAAUGUUUAUUGGAGGCUUGAGCUGGGAUACAAGCAAGAAAGAUCUGACUGAAUAUUUGUCUCGAUUUGGGGAAGUUGUAGACUGUACAAUAAAAACAGAUCCAGUGACUGGAAGAUCAAGAGGAUUUGGAUUUGUGCUUUUCAAAGAUGCUGCUAGUGUUGAUAAGGUUUUGGAACUGAAAGAACACAAACUGGAUGGCAAAUUGAUAGACCCCAAAAGGGCCAAAGCUUUAAAAGGGAAAGAACCUCCCAAAAAGGUUUUUGUGGGUGGAUUGAGCCCAGAUACUUCUGAAGAACAAAUUAAAGAAUAUUUUGGAGCCUUUGGAGAGAUUGAAAAUAUUGAACUUCCCAUGGAUACAAAAACAAACGAAAGAAGAGGAUUUUGCUUUAUUACAUAUACAGAUGAAGAGCCAGUAAAGAAAUUGUUAGAAAGCAGAUAUCAUCAAAUUGGUUCUGGGAAGUGUGAAAUCAAAGUUGCACAACCCAAAGAGGUCUAUAGGCAGCAACAGCAACAACAAAAAGGAGGAAGAGGUGCUGCAGCUGGUGGACGAGGUGGUACUAGGGGUCGUGGACGAGGUCAGGGCCAAAACUGGAACCAAGGAUUUAAUAACUAUUAUGAUCAAGGAUAUGGAAAUUACAAUAGUGCCUAUGGUGGUGAUCAAAACUAUAGUGGCUAUGGCGGCUAUGAUUAUACUGGGUAUAACUAUGGGAACUAUGGAUAUGGACAGGGAUAUGCAGACUACAGUGGCCAACAGAGCACUUACGGCAAGGCGUCUCGAGGGGGUGGCAAUCACCAAAACAAUUACCAGCCAUACUAAAGGAGGACGUUGGAGAAAACAGGAGGAGAUUGCUAAAGUUAACCCAUCUUGCAGGACGACAUUGAAGAUUGGUCUUCUGUUGAUCUAAGAUGAUUAUUUUGUAAAAGACUUUCUAGUGUACAAGAUACAACUGUGUCCAACUGUAUAUAGCCGCCAAUUAGUUUUCUUUGUUUUUACUUUGUCUUUUGCUAUCUGUGUUAUGACUCAAUGUGGAUUUGUGUUUAUACAAAUUUUAUUUGUAUGAUUUCAUGUUAAACCUCAAAUAAAUGCUUCCUUAUGUGAUUGUU